AUGUCACAGGAAUCGCUUCAGCAUCAUGGAGGUUGUCAAGUCGGAGGCCUUCCUCGCAUACAAUGCAUGAGCUGUAAGUUGAAAUUAUUUACCAGAACACGAGAGCAAGUGUUCUUUUACUUGCUGCGUUUGAUUUUUUCUUAAAGAGACUUCGUCUGGUUAUUCAUGUCACCUGUCUGCGGAAUAUUUGUUCAUGAUACUCCAUCCAAAACCUCGCAUCUUUAAUUGGUCGAGUUGAGAUAAAAUGUUUGUGUGGAAGUUGUGAGGCUGUUACGCCUUAGAGAACUCUGUUUAAAAACUAUCGAUGCGUUACCAAACACACCAAACACCAGCCACUAGGUAUUGUACUGUUACCGACCUGUUCUCAUUGUUUGUUUGCUGACUUUCCGUGUGAACUAACAAUUUAUCGAAAUAAAGAGUUUGGGCCGUGAGAGCGACUCGUGAACAUUAAAACCUCCGACCAAAGUAAUUACACUGUACAAACCUGUUCUCUGUGCCAGGCAUUAAAGUGUAAUCAAGCGUUGCUACAGCCGUCUUCAACUGUAAACUCAGUUAGUUAACUGUAGUGAAACCAGUAAGAUAUUAAUCGUCUUCCAGGUCGAGUUUAGAAUAAAAGAGUACUCACUCUUGAGAUUUUGAGAUUUUUUUGAGGAACACUUUGCAGGGAGGUUUUGUGGAUUAUGUUUGUCGUCUUUAAGAAGUAAUCUUGGAUUGGUGGGAUCAUCCGCAACAUUCUUUUGUGUUUCCUUUGUUUUUUCCUUUUAAUAAUUUUUCGUUUUAUAAUUUGAGUGUUGGUGAAAAUUUACUGAAAUUCAACUCCACAAGAUUGUCUGGAAGUUUUUGAUACGGGCGAGGGUUAAAGAGUGUAUAACCGUUAGAAAAGUUUGAUACAUAAAACACAUCUCUUCCUCGCAGUCUCGUUGUUGGGCUGAAAUGCUCGAAAUAGUUAUCAGUCAACUGGAAUCUUGAAUUUCUAGCUGUGUAAAAAGGAAUUUCUUGUGGUAGUCACUGUAGCCGAAUGCAUGAAAUUGAAAGGCGUAGUUUAAUUCUUUUGGGUGGAGUUCCACCUGUCACUCAGGUGUCGCUCAGCUGUCACUUGUUUACAUUUUAGCCAGUCAACCUGAUGGAGGGGAACUGGGAAUUUGCGGGAUCGUCAUUACUGUCCUUUGCUAUAUCCUUGUCGUGGUAACAUUUCCAUUUUCCUUGUUCUUUUGUUUGAAGGUGAGUGCAUAAAGUGAAUUAUAUUAGAGUAACAAAGCAUUUUGCUGAACUUUAACUUAAGAGAUAACGAAUUCUAGGACAAAUCUAUUUGAACAGAUAGUGCAGGAAUAUGAAAGAGCUGUGAUCUUCAGACUUGGGAGAAUACUCCCCGGUGGGGCCCGGGGACCAGGUAAGGUCUUUGUUUCCAGUCGUGAAUUUUGACAUAGUAUAUGACUCGUUCUUUUCUGGAAAACGUCUUUUGUACGCGUUUAGGGUAUCCAAGCCAAAUGUUUUGACUGACAUGUCAAUUUAAAUUUUCAGGGUUGUUUUUUGUUCUACCUAAGAUUGAUCAGUACAGCAAAGUGGAUUUGAGGACAGUGUCAUUUGAUGUACCCCCUCAAGAGGUAAUCGUUCAUUUUAAAUUUUCUCAAAUGGUGGUGUCGGCUGUAUAAUUUUCUAGGAAUAGGAAUCCAUUCAUGUUGAAAUAUAGAUUGUUAGGAUUUAUUUCAGGCCAUUAGGCUGGCCUUAAAUUCCUCAAACAUUCCGAGCUUUAUUAAUUAAGACAUGGUAUAGUUUCUUGUAACAUGGUCUAAUUUGAUUGGCUAGGCUUUGACACGUGACAGUGUUACAGUCACUGUUGACGCAGUGGUGUACUUCAGGAUCCAGAAUGCAACAGUGUCGGUUACAAACGUCUCAGACGCUCAGGGUUCCACCAAACUGCUGGCUCAGACUACCUUAAGAAACAUGAUCGGUACAAAGAAUUUGAGCGAUAUCCUAAUGGAUAGAGAGGGUUUGAGUUCUCAGAUGCAGGUUUGCUUAUCACUUCAUUCCCGAUAUUUGCAGAAAUCAUUUCACUUUCGUUUCCAACUUUUCUCUACUCUAACUUAUAUUUUCUAUUUCAUAUGUCUGCUCAACAGUUGUUCCUGGAUGACGCCACUGAUCCUUGGGGAGUUCGUGUAGAGAGAGUUGAGAUGUAAGGUUUCUUGCCAUCGAGUUCACCUCCACUUCAUUAAAGCAAAGCUUAUUAACAUUGAAUGUAACAAUUAAAGUCAACUCACCUCGGGAAUAUAAUGAAACUAUGAUUUUCAAGUGUGCUCAAGUAAAACGCGUUCGAUCUGGUGGUCAUGACAAGACAUCAAUGAAGCACUGUUGUUUUAGUGAAAUCGUAUGAUUGAACAUGACUGUUUGGUUCUUCACGUGAAAUGCCAUGAAAAAAAAAUUACGAUAAACGUCAAAAGAUAAACAUUGACUAUGUUUUUCUACAGUAAGGAUGUCCGCCUUCCAGUCCAGUUACAGCGUGUUAUGGCGGCUGAGGCUGAAGCUACCAGGGAAGCUAAAGCUAAGGUAUAACCCUACUGAGAGGUUCGGUGUAUAACUCCAUUCAAUUUUUUUUUGAGGGGACAAACGGUUUCAAGUUGUUUUCGCCCUCAAAUGCGCUGUAUGAAACAAACAGCUGAAUGCUUUCCCUCUGUUUUUCAGGUCAUUGCUGCAGAAGGUGAAAUGACAUCAUCACGUUCUUUGAAGCAGGCCGCUGACAUAAUGGCGGAGACACCGUCGGCGAUGCAGCUUCGUUAUCUACAGACUCUGAACACCAUCUCAGCUGAAAAGAACUCCACCAUCAUCUUCCCAAUUCCUGUGGAUUUUAUGACAAAUUUUUUAAACAAGUGAAACUAACACUGGAAGUGUGAGGAUGAAGACUUUUACACCUGUAACUGUUCUAAGUCAGUCAGUCACAACUAUAUCAGCACAAGAAGUACUUGAAAACUUAUGCCCGUGUAACACUAUUAUGGAAGUGGCUCUCUUGCUUUAAUAGCAAUUUAAUUUGCCUUAAAAGGCGGUCGAUAACCGUGAUACCAUGACGUCUUUGAGGUAGAAUGUCAGGAUGGUUGAUAAACAAAAACAGCAAAUGUUGAAACUUUUUAUAAGACAAUAUCUUGCACAAGAGGAUUUUAAUGUCUUUUGCUAAUACAAGUCAAUAAAACCUUUCUACUUUUAUAAUUGACUUUAUAAGCAACAACAUGCGACGAGAUGUCUACGCUUUACGAAUUUAAAUGAGAGGGUUGUCAGAACGUUAACCAUUUAAAACAUUCAUCAUCGUAUCAAAUUUUAGUCAGCCAAACCAGACGGAGGGGGCAAAAGUUUGGUCAAUAACUACGCCAAACUCUCCAUCCAGCCCUGACGGAGUUGUAAUAAACGGAAAGUAUUAUGAAUUGAAGUUCCAAACGUUGUUUUUCCUGUAUCAUCUGUUCAAAAUAAAAAUAAUUUUUCCUACAUUUUUUAAUAAUGUUAUCGUAAUUUUUUUGCUUUCUCAUUUAGGGUGCAAAACGUUUUGAUAACUAUUUCAAGUUGUUGACGGUAAUAAUGUUAUGACGAUCUAGAUGUGUUUGUUGAUUUAAUUUUACAGUACAGUACAUAGUUAGGUAGCAUCAAGUAAUUUGUAUAAAGUUCAUCCUAAGCUUCUUGUUUGUUAAGUUUUUGAAACCCUCUUUACUAUGAAUUUCUUCGCUGUAUUUUGUGAAAUGACUCGAUUCUUUUAGCUGAAAACUUUUAAAUUAAAAAAAUGUAAAAAACUCGUCCAGGCCUUAUUUCAAAGUGUGAUGGUCUUUGCCGCCUACAGGUACCACGAAGAGUUCAAACCAACUUAAACAAAUUAUGUACAAUGGCUCCUGUUCUUCGCUGAACUGAAUGUAGAGACUUGUUCGAGCUUUGAAUGCCUUGGUAAUCCAAGGGUCGAUACGGAUGUCAACCAAUUCGUAACCAUGGUUUCCGUGACAAGCCAAGUCUAAUAUGUAGUGACAUAACUCUCUCAUGACUUUUUUAUAAUCAGCCGGUCCAGUUUUCCACUUUGAUGUAGGAACUACGAUUAAAAGCGUUUAACGCUCUUAACUUAGAAAAUGUCAAUGCUGUCUGAGAAUGCAUGUUGGGACGAAGGGCUCGACUAGUAGUAUUCAGGGGCCUGAAUCCGGGUCCCUGAAGGGUUAGAAUAACCAACCCGGGCUAUAAAUUAUAAGUGACAUAUGUCCGAAAUGACUUAUCCAUUUUACCCUUGAGAAGUGUCUCCUUCGGUCAUCACAGUGCGAGUAAUUUCAAAAUCGUCAGCAGUCAAUGGAAUCUACCUGAUCAGCGGCUGCUCUAAGAAGAAGUGUCAAAACAUGGCGCAGGAAAACCUCUGAAAGGUUUGUUUACCGUUACUACGAUUCAAUCUAAGGACUCCUAUUUCUUCGUUUGCUUAUCACUGAUAAAAGAAAUGAAGCUGAAAACUCAAACAAUUAAUGCGGUGUUUUUAUUGGCAUGAUGGCGCAAUCUGGACAUGUCGAAAGUGAGAAUUACUGCGACAGACCACCAGCAUCAAGAGUGAGUCACUAACAUCAAAGAUGUUUUAGCUACCUUCUUUCUUUAUCUUCAUUAUUAUUAUCUUUAUUUAAACACGGUAGACAUAGAAAUUUUAUCUUGCGGGGUCGUGUCUCUGGUCAGGAAAAAAAACUUUGCCGGCUAUAAACUACUUGGAACAUUGAGCUAAAUUAUUAUGAUAGGCUUCAUUUAGAAGCAGUUACUCUUACUUGCUUAUUUCAAACGUUCCGCGGCGUUUUAGAUUAAUUACCAUGGGUAAAAACACAAAAAUCAAAACGCAUUUGAUUAUCAAGACGUAAAGUCUGAGAUUUCAUUCAGUUCAAAUGUUGGAAAGAUUGUAGAGUACUCAAGCUCUUAAAUCUGUAAGUCCUAACCUAAUCGAUCAUUAGAUUUAUGCCUCUAAUGUUGACCAAGUAGACAUAACUGCAGUUUCCCUUAGAUGCUUCCAGGCGUGAGCCAUUUUCAAAGCAGUUUGAUUCUUUUUUUUAUUCUUUUUGAUGAUAAUGAUCUCGAACUCCCUGUUAAAUCCUGUGGCUGAUGUAAAUUUAAAUCAAACUAGUGGUUGAAAUCAUUAACAAAAAAAAGUGAAACCUUGAAAGAUACAGAAUUGUAGGGAUUGAAAAAGUUGUUGCUAUAUCUGCCAACUCAAAUACUUUUUCUUAUUGGAGGAGAACGAGUCAGGUGGCAAGGGUAAAAACACACCAACUAUCACAGGGAAAUAAAACUCACAAACUCCAUAAGGAAACAACAACUUGAACUUUCCACUUGCACCUAAUCAAGUUGUGCACUUGGAAACAGAAUAGACUUUUUACACUUGGCGAUCGAUCUUUCCAUGCCGCUGCCCCGAAAUUGUGGAACAAUCUUCUGGGCUCUAUCAGAAACACCCAUUCUUUAAACAAGUUUAAGAAGGCCAUUAAGACUUUUUUAUUUGCCAAAGCUUUUUAAUUCUUUGUAUCUAAUUUCAUAUUUUUACAUUUUCUUAGUGAUCAUUUUUAUUUACUUAUUUAAUUUUUUUUUAAAUUUUUUUAAAAUUUUUUUUUAAUUUUUUAUUUUUUAGUAUCUAUGUGGGGGUUGAAUUUUUAACAUUUAAUUGUAAUGCGCAAUUGAAAAUUCUUAUACUGAUAAUUGCACAAUAUAAGUCUAUAAAUUAUUAUUAUUAUUAUUAUUAAAUCUGUUUGGCUUCUCCAGCUAAGGAAACCUUUUUUGUUGUCAUAGCAACUAACUGCUUUCUGACAAGAACUGAAAAAUAAUUGAAACAAUACCUUUGAGAUAUAACCUUGAGAUCUAUUGACAGAGCCAACCAUGAUGCUUCAAAGAGGUUGAGAGACCUCUGCAAGAAAAUUUUGAUGAGAACUUUCAUAAUUUAAACAAAGCAGAUCUUAACUUCCCUCUAAUUUGUUUUAUUUUGAGUUGUGGGAAAUAGCACAACACUUAAUGACUGACCCCAAGAGAAACAGUGAGAUUUGUUUCCCAUUGACCCUACAUAUUCCUCAUCAGCCCCUAAUUUUCAGUGACAAUUAUAUCUUUAGGACUGGUUACAUCACACAAAUCAGUCACUCACUAGACUUAAAGAUGUUAAAAAGACUUCAAUUUGGCUGAAUGGAGGACCACGUGAGAGAGAAGUAAAUUGCCAGUGUAGCUACAGGAGUAAAAGUAGAGACAGCUUCUUAAGUUUGGAAACUGGGCCUCCUCAGUUACACAUUGACAGCCAAGAGACAGCUAGGUAAGUGACAGCAUAUCAUGCAUUAUCCCCUUUUACAAACCGGUAAGUCAAGGGUUGAGGAAGUAUUUUCCUUGUUCAGCUGUUAGAUGUGUGACCCAACACAUCUUAUGUACAUUGUGUAAAUGUCUUAUUUGCAAUGAAAACGUUCAAGUUGUCGUAAGGUUGUUGACAGUCAUGUAAGUUGUAAGUCUUAUAUGUCACCCAUGUGAAUUUUAAACUUAUGAACCCAAACACUUAAAUUAAGUGCACUGAAGAGAUUGGACUAGCUAAGAAGGAAAAUCUGGGUUGUAACCUGUUGGUAGGAUCUGUUGGUUGAAUGAGUUCAAAUUCUUGUACAAGCACAUCAUUCUGUAAUUUAAAAUGCUUUAUUCAUUGGUUCAUUUAAGUACCUCUACAGAAACUCCUCUGCCUGAAACUGCCAAAUGUUUUUCUGUUCACUGACUUGUAAAUGCUGUUUCUGUUUAUUUGUUGAUUUAACUCAUGGACAAUAUUUGAUUGAUUUAUGAUGUUCAUGUUGUUCAAUAGCAUGAAAGACUUGUCUGUACCUGAAAUAAUGAAACAGUUCCAUGAAAGGCAGAAAUCCAAACUAAAAAGGAGGCCCCAGUCAUCUACUGUGUAUUCAUCCAGGAGUGCAGAGAAGAAGCAAGACUGGCAGAAACCCUCUGAAAACAACUACAGUGCAUUUAUUUCAGGUUGCUAAAAUUAAUUGAUGCCAGGACUCACCAGGAGGCUUGGCAAAAGUACUGUUUUUUGUUUUGUUUUCCUGGUAUCUGGUGAAAUAGGUAGAAUUAAUUAGGCUCAGGUAAAGAAAUGGCACUAAGACAACAUCAUAAUCAUUUUAUUGUCAUGCAUUUGAAAGGCAAGAAUUUUUGCAAAAUAAGUGAUCAGCAAUGAAAAAAAAAAACAUACAUAAGUUGAUAAUAAUACAGACUGAGAUAUUUCUUCUGACCAUUUACCUUUAAAAGGCACUGGACAUUUAUUUAAAACAAUGUACUAUCAUUCCUACAAUUGGUGUUGUCAUCUGUGAUUGCAAAUAUAAUUUCAUUCAUGAAUGACAUUCAAUUUAUUUUUAGUAAAAGGGCAAACAGUGACACCUCAGCAUCGUCCACCUCCGGGGUCCUUGCCACUCAGGGAAACAAAGAAAGAUGAUACUUCUUACAAAGGUUGGUAGAAUGAACUUGACUAUCAGCAAACUAUCAAAACACUAAUGGGAUACAUCUCCUCUAAUAUCCUGAAUGCAAUCAUAAUUUUUUUUUUUAUAGGUCUGUUUUUUCUAAUGUGUUAGUUUUUUUUUCCACGUACGCAUUUAUAGGAUUAGUGUAUCUUGAUCGUCAGCAAGAGGAGCUGGAUCGCAGCUUGGCACCGCAUGACCUUUGGCGAUACUCUGCGGCAUUCUGUGAAGAUGAACAUUCUGAGAGUACCAAUCCCCCUCCACCACCUCCCAGAGCCUCUCCAGAACCAUCGUCACCAAAACUAAAUUGGCCUGAAGUUUUACAAUCAGCCGAAGAAGCUUACAGUGAGGAAGACGAUGAUGAUGAUUUGGUCGAUGAAUCUCAGGAGACAAGGUCGAUAUCUUCGGCUGGCUCGCGUUCUUUGGUGUUCGCAAUUCCAACAGGAGGUAAUGAAGGUACCGAAAGUGAUGAUGAACAGACUCCGAGUCUCUUAGACACUGGCAGAGUGUCUUCUGAUUAUGUUGCCAGGAGCGAGUCUAUGCUUCAUAAAAUAAGUGAUAAAAGUCAAGCAGAGAGUGCUGUAAUAUCUGAUAUGCUAGUCGACAUGAAAAGCACGAACGAAAAGAUCAGUCAGCUUCGAAUCAGCCCAAGAGAUUUAGAUCUGGAAUUAACCUGUGACGCCACAACCCCUUCAGUUCUUUUGGCAAAGAUGGAAAUAGAAUGCACCGCUGGCACUGAUCAAGAAACAACGCCACAACAUGAAAUCGGAUACGAAACCAUGUGGGUUGAAGAGCCUCAGGUCUCGAACAGGUUGAAUGCUCUUUCCAACCGAUUUCCCCGAGCCUGUUCAGCAAGAUAUAUGACUCAGCAUAAAACUUCGCGUGUUAGAAAACAACAAAGCGAAAGUUCUCUUGCACUGAAAGGAAAAACAAUGGAAUUCUUCAAUCCAGAGGACUUAGUGGCGAAAAACCUUUCAAGAGACCAACGAAAAAAUCCAAGACAUAAUGACUUUACUGGGGAAGAACAUGAAAUGCUUGAAAAGAGAGAAGACACCGAUCCAGACAAGGUGGGUUGAAAAUGUGCCGAUUUGCGCAAUGUGUAAUGAGUAAUGAGACUAAUGAAUAAUAAGAGUUGUACUCUUCUUCACGGUGUACAUGUAUAUCCACCACUAAACAAGUUGCAUUUUACUCCUUUUUACAAUUUGAAGAGACAUUAUGCGCAGAGUGUUCAUGUUCGACUCCAUAAUCGUUAAUAUGCAUCAUUUUUGCGUGAUAUUUUCUGCGAAAUGUUGUUUUCUUCCACCUUGAUGAGCUUGAUUUCGUGUUUCAAGCAAAAUUGAAUACUUUUUCAGGUUGUUACAAAACCGCCGUUACCAAAAUGGAAUACCUCAAAAACCAAGAAAAGACAUAAAUUUAAACAGAAACGACAGUCUGGCACUGAAAAUUCAAGUGACAGCAGUAUCCUGGAUCAACCAUCAAAGUCUUCUCUGCGAAAGUCAAGCUCUGAAGGCAAUAUCCAUUUGUAUCAGGCAGCAGAUACUAAUUUGUCACUGGGCAGCAAUCUGAAACUCAAAUCUGUAACGUUUAGACGAGAUGUUUUGAGUCAAGUUGAUGACGUUAAAAUUCCCCUCGACUCUUCUCAACUCCCCACUUACUCCAGUGUUGAGGCGGAAAUUGUCGCCAAACCUGCUGUACAAACUUGUGCUUGGUCUCAAAGUUCAGGAGUUGUUAUAAACAAUGGUUUGGAAAUGAAGGAGGCUAACCUACAGGAACAAGAAAUCUCAGCAGUAGAGAUUACCGACAAAGAAUCAAGACUCAGUCAUACUCGAAAAACAGCUCAAAGUUCACGAGCAAAACUUUUGGCCAAAGUGAAAGAACUGCCAGGUGACGAGGAACUAUGUCCGUGCAGAACAGUUACCAGACCCACCACGGCUUUGAUAACAGAGUUAAGGAACUCGAAAUCUAGAACAAAAGAGACAUCCUUGAAGAAUGAUAAAUUAUUAGUAUGUUUGUACCUUGCUUUACGAUUUGUCUUGGUGUUCAAUCAAGUUUUUUUUUUAUAGUUUAGUAGGUUGUCUUUAUUACCGACCAUUCAAAUAAACCGUUAUCUCACAUGGAACUCCUCUUUACAGAAACAUCGUGUUACUAGGCCCAGCUCCGCGCCGCUCAACCGCUCGUCAGGCAACGGAGAUAUAUUGAGACUAGAAAAACCUCACUCACCAGGUAGCAAACCUCGUGCCAUGUCUGCUAAAGGACAGGUUUGUGUUAAUCAGAAUACAUAAUAACCAUUUAAUGAAAGCAUCGCUGAGUGCGACAAGUGUUUUUAGGGUGUUUUGCAUAUCAUUGCAAUUCCUUUAUAGGUUUGCUUUUAUACCAGCUAUAAUUUUCCGCACGGAAUGUUGGGAUUUUACGGAUCUCUGAACGAAUGGAAGUUGAUUAUCUUUUAACAGCGAAAAAGGACCGGAUCUGAAGGAGGACAAACCCGCUCCAGGCCUUCUUCAGCCCAUGUUGGCAAGUUAAGGUGAGAGUAAGGCAAUGUUUUUUGUUGUCUGUAGAAAAACCUACAUGGAGUUUUCUCUGUCAGGCUCGUUAUUGUGUUCGCGUAGUAAAGUUCAUUGAGCCAAGUCAAUUUGAAAUAAUGAUGAAUAUCCUUUGAAAUCGUACACAAUUGUCGGUAUUGUGUUUUCAGUCUCAGGACACCAAUCUCUUGGGAUUCUGUUCACCAGCGAGAAUAGUUAGCAACCGGGUCUUUUGAUUGAACUACUUGUUCUGUGCUUCUGUGCUGCAAUUGCUUCUUUUUACAAUGAAUUAUCUGUGUUCCUCGUCCAACUCGUGUAGCUCCAAAGAUGCUCGUAGGAGCCGUGCCGCUGCUAAAGUUCUCAAAGAUGGAUUCUUGUUCAAGGAAAAACCCCCGCCACCAUUACCAGCAGGUAUUAAACAUAAGUCGUCUUUGAUUUGACCAACAUUUUAAUGUUCAUUUUGAUGUUUCUGUUCAUUCUGUACUACUUGUGCUUCAACAUUUGUUUUCUUUACAGCUUCAAAGGAAAGUCAAAAACGGAGAGAAGAGCAUGGAAGAUCGAAACAAGACAACAACAACAAGAGUCUCACACUGCCGUGGAAUAAGGUAGUGGCAAUGAAAAACGACAAAUUGAUGUAGAUAAGUGCUAAUUUUCAAAACUUAAGUGUUUGAAUGUUAAGGUGGUUAUUUUUGCAAGUAAAAACAAGUCCAAGUGAUAGGAGCAAACACUUCUCAUUGAAAUUCCGAACAAUUCUUUUUUCCAAAGAGUAAAUGUGCACAAUAUAUUUAAAAUUCCCACCGGGACUGCUUAAACCUGGUGUUUUUUUAGUUCUUUGCCAAACAAAAUGUGAAAUGUGUCAAACUUACCCGAAAAUUGUGAAAUUACUAGUUUUCUCGUUUGAAGUAUAACGUGUAGUCUAUCAGUACUGUAUCGGCAAAGUGUCGUUUAUUAGUGAAUUUUAUGGAAUUAAAAGGAAGAAGAAAUUGUAGCCUCGGAAGAAUGCCAUGAGGUCUUCGCGCGCCUGCAGGAGAAAGGAAUUGAUGUUUCCAUGGAUACCAUCAAAAGGUAAAUUAACAUCAGUUUAGCGUAAUUUGAACCUAAUUGACCGCUGACGUCAUUUUCAGUUUUUGACCUGAUCGUAGAUUUUGCUCUUAAUCGAUUAAGAUCAAAUCUCUUCCCCUCAUUUGCUGAACGAUGUUUUUUUUUAGAAAAAACUGUUUGCUUCGUAGUUUGGAAGACAUUCCACCCAAGUUUUACUCUGCGUGGCUAAACUACAAGUGAGACAGAGAAAGAAAACCCAUGUGAGCUUAGAAAGCUAUCGCAAUAAUAGCGCUUUUAAUUUUGUUUCCCCUCGGCCUUGCCUUUCGCAUUAUCUUCUUUCUCUCCGUUUGUUCGUUUGUCACGUAGGUUAGCUUUCUUUUUGUUUCGUAGCAACAAAUGUUUUGAACUGAAAUUUUAUAUUACAGAGGAUUGAUGGCGCCGGCGAGAAGGGCUGGUGACUACCAAGUGACCGGUUUGAGUUUGAGCUCUAAGUGAGUAAUGUAUUUCAGCUGAACGUUAUAUUGAUCAUUGACGCCGUGAAAAAUAGAAGGAAGUCCAAAGAAAUCAGAGUUAAGGGUACACUCUCUUUAUCCUGUCUGAUGCAAAGUACAUUCCUCUUUGUGUGGGAUCCUCGGUUGUUUUACAUUCUUUGUACAGCUACCUUGUAAUAACGGCUAUAAUCUUAUUAUUAUAUUUUACUUUUUGAAGCUUUUGUAGCGGAGUGAGCCAUACAGAGAUUAAGUAGCUGUGGUGUGAUUACGUAAUCUGCGUUGUUCCACUAGUAACCCUAACUACUUAUUGCAUCGGGUAGACUGUCAGUCAAAAUAUUUCUUGUGCAAUGUUUUUCGCACAGUCUCCUUAGCAGACCAGAAAAUUGGCUGACAGAAGAACACGCUCGUGUGCAGAUAUGGGAAAAAGCGCUGAGUAAG